GUUUUGUUGAGUGCUUUUUGUGUUUGUGUUUCUAUUCAAUUCAAACAGAUUACAAAAGGCAAACACUUACUCGUCAACCUCACGCAAGUGAUUGCCAUCUGAUAAUCUUCUUCACUUCACUUCACUCAACUGUGAAACCUUCUUUGCUUAAUGGAUUCUCAUUCUCACAUCAUCGCUUGGGGCUCCGGCGAAGAUGGGCAACUGGGAAUUGGCAACAACGAAGAGAAGGAAUGGGUUUGCGUCGUUAAAGCCCUUCAAUCUCACCGUCUUCGCUCCGUCGUAGCUGGCAGCAGAAACUCCCUUGCCAUUUGUGAUGAUGGCAAAUUGUUCACUUGGGGUUGGAACCAAAGAGGUACACUUGGACACCCUCCUGAGACCAAGACUGAAAAUGUUCCCAGCCAGGUUAAGGUUCUUUCCAAUGUUAAAAUUGUUCAGGCGGCUAUUGGUGGGUGGCACUGUUUGGCUGUCGAUGAUCAGGGAAGAGCGUAUGCCUGGGGUGGAAAUGAAUAUGGGCAGUGUGGCGAAGAACCUGAGCGCAAGGAUGACACGGGUAGACCUUUAAGGAGAGAUAUAGUGAUCCCUCAGCGCUGUGCUCCUAAGCUUGUUGUUCGCCAGGUUGCAGCUGGUGGAACUCAUUCAGUGGUACUUACCCGUGAAGGGCAUGUUUGGACAUGGGGUCAGCCUUGGCCUCCUGGUGACAUAAAACAGAUUUCAGUCCCUGUUCGGGUGCAAGGUCUUGAAAAUGUGAGGCUCAUUGCCGUUGGAGCAUUUCAUAAUUUGGCUCUUCAAGAGGAUGGAACUUUAUGGGCAUGGGGUAAUAAUGAAUAUGGACAACUUGGAACUGGAGAUACCCAGCCAAGAUCACAACCUAUUCCUGUUCAAGGGCUUUCUGGACUUACUUUGGUAGAUAUUGCGGCUGGUGGAUGGCAUUCUACUGCAUUGACAGAUGAAGGAGAGGUAUAUGGCUGGGGAAGGGGGGAACAUGGCAGGCUUGGAUUUGGUGAUAGUGACAAGAGCAGUAAAAUGGUACCCCAAAGGGUUCAACUUUUAGCUGGGGAAGAUAUUGUUCAGGUGUCCUGUGGAGGUACUCAUUCAGUUGCAUUAACCCGGGAUGGGCGCAUGUUUUCUUUUGGUAGAGGUGAUCAUGGACGUCUUGGAUAUGGGAGGAAAGUGACCACUGGUCAACCAAUGGAGGUUCCUAUAGACAUCCCUCCUCCAGAGAAUCUGAGUGACAGUGCAACUGAGGGACAUUGGAUAGCUAAAUUUGUUGCUUGUGGUGGCCGCCAUACUUUGGCAACUGUAGAAUGGAAAGAAGAUGAAUCUAAAGAUUGACUCAUAAAUUAUAAGUAGAUGAGCCUAAUCACUGAUUUCAACUCAGUUCAGCUCAUUCAUGUGUCCCCUCUGAUAUUACAAUCUUGUCUUUGUAUAAAUCGUACAUGUCACACCAAAACAAUACUCAUUGUAGUAAUGAUGGGGUUUGCUUUUUCAUGCUCCUAAUUUGCAUAAUCACUUACACCACAAACACACACAGUAUGUGUCAUGGUAAAUGGUUAUAAGUGAUCUUAGAAUACUUGUUAAGGAAUACAAAAUAAGUUCUUAUUAAAAAUGUUAUUAAAGGCU